CAUUAAACAAACAGUCCAACACGAAGCAAACAACGUAGACAACGACAUGUAAUUGUAAGGUAAGAAAAACGAGAGCCGCUAAGCUCCCAACUUGAACUAAUAAAAAAAACCCAUAAUUUAAAACGCAGAGGAGCAUGUGAGUUUUGCCAAGGUGUGGUUUUUACCUUUUAGAGAAAAAAAAAAAAUAUAUAUAUAUAUAUAUAUAUAUAUAUAUUUAUAGCCAGCCAAGAAAUUUCCAGUUAACUGAUGACACACAUUUCUUUUCUGUUUCCCAUUUUUUUCAUUGUCAAAUUUGGGAGGCUCAGAACAAUUCACCAACACUGUUCACAGUUAUAGAAAGAAAAGCAGAGAGAGAAGGAGAGUCUUUAGAUGGAAAUGCGAAGAACCGCAAAGAGAGCUGAGGAGAGUAUAAAGAGAAGGAAGAAGAAGAAAAGUUUCUUGGAAUAAGAGAAAAAAAGGAGAUUUGGGUUUUUGAUUCUUUUGCUUUUUCGUUCUGUUUUAGCUUGGUUGGAUUGAGUUUUGAUCUGGGUUUUGCUCCUUUUUUGUGUUUGAUGAUCAGGAACUUUACUGGUGCGUUUUGUUUAAUUAUCUUUUGGUUAUGUGUAGGGUGAUAUAUUGGAGUCUAGCAAAACAUGAGCUACCUAUUUGUCUUUCCUUGCCAGGCUGCCAGUAUGAAAGUGGCCACAGAAGCCUUUAGGAAGACAUAAAGGCUUGGUUUCGAACCAAGCCUCCUCCCCUCCCCCCUUGUAAUAGGGCUUUGCCCCCCUUGAAACCAAAAAAAAGAAAGCAGUUAUGGUGUUCUACCCUUCUGUUCAUAUACGGAGUUCAGCUGCACGAUUUGGUGAAAUAGCUGCUGCUGAAUUAUGGGUGGAUGUAGUUGAUAGUUGACGAAACUUAUACCAUUUAGAAUUGCAGUAGUCAUCUGUGAAAAUUUAUUAGUUUGAUAACGCCGGGCAACUUGAAUUCCAUUGUUGCUUUAGUAAGUUAAGCCUUAUUGCACAUAAGGAAUACAGUGCACAAGAGUUGAUAAUAAAGUAACUAAAAAGGGCUCUCUUUUAAAUUCCGGAGGAGGAUAUUUAAAAUGGGCUUGCCUCAAGUUUCUUCCAGUGGCAUUGCGGAGGAAGUGGCUGCAACGCUGUGCACAGUUGUGCAGACCACACACAGAAUUGUUGGAGUGAGCAGCUGUGAUUUAAUAAGGAUGCAUGGAGGAAAUGUAGGAAAUCAAAUUCAGGUGGAUUUGCCACACUCUUCUUUUGGAGAUUUGCCAAAAAAAGCCACUGGGGAGCAUCUACAGGAUCCCGAGACUUGGAAUGUAAAUAAAGAUGGUAGAUCUAACAUUUAUAGGCUGAAGAUUGGCAUCGUGGAACAAAAUGGCUGGCUUGCUCAUAAAAGUGGGCAUAAUAUUCAAACACCUGUUCCUAGAAUUCUUGGUUUUGAAACAAAGGCAUUGCAUUCUCCAGUUGAUGUGUUCAGUGGAGUCCAAACUUCACCCACUGUUGUUAGCAUCACCAGUAAUGCAGCUGAGUCUAAUGGCUCAACAGCAAGGAAGCGCUUAUUGUCUCCUUUGAGUGGAAUGCUCUGCCCUGAUCAAUUUAAUGGUGAUGCUCUGAAUAUCAGUGGUGGUUUCAGCCAAAGUGGUUUUGGCCACGGAAAUGAAAACUGCAGUGUCUAUGUAUCACAAGAGCAUAAAAAGGCUCAUAUUAGCGACUCUAGUUCUUUCAACAAUGCAGUCCGUUCUGCAUCUUGUUUUCAACAAUGGAAGAAUUCACCAGAUGAUAAUUUUGGAGCAAACUCAAUGUUCCUUUCUGAUGGUUCUCUGCUAAAAGAUACUGGCCUGCAAUCUUACAGUCAUUUUGUACCUACUUCCCAAGGGCUCAAUUAUCCUGAAGAAACAAAUAAAAGAAGGAACAAGACACCGGCUAUAGCGAUACCUGUUGAGAAGGCUCCCUUGUCUUUGUCUCCUCUUGGUCCAAAAUCUAUUGAAAGAAUAAAAUAUGGUGAAGGAUACAGGGAUUUGGCAGAAACACUAAAUGAUGAUUAUAUGACCUUCAAGGAUAUGGAGCAGUCUCCUAAUGGAAUGGUAUCAGUCCAGACAGAUAAGAAUUUUAGGUUGUCAAGUAAAUCAUUUCAUCAUUUUGAUGAUUUGCAGAAUAAGUUUGAUCCAUGUUCUCCAGAGCUUACCUCUGGAAUUGCUCAAAAAUGGGGUCAGGUUCUGAAUCUUGCUCCUAAAACUGAAAAAUUGGUUAGAAGUCUUAGUGGACUGUCUGUCAGAAGGUCCUUGGUUGGUUCAUUUGAGGAGUCACUGCUAUCUGGUCGUCUGUUAUCUGGAAAAGUUAGUCAGAGAAUUGAUGGUUUCCUCGCUGUUCUCAGUGUCACUGGGGGGAGUUUCUCUCCACAAUCGCAGAAACUUCCUUUUGCAGUAACUAGUGUUGAUGGAGAUAACUACUUGCUCUAUUAUUCAUCAAUAGAUCUUGCUAAGCAUGUCUCAACAAACAAGUCUAGAGGCCCAAAACUGAAAAGGAGCCUGAGCAUUGACGAUUCACAGGCUGAAAAGAGCCGCCUUUGUGUACCCAUGAAGGGGCGGAUACAAUUGGUGUUAAGCAAUCCAGAAAAGACACCAAUUCACACCUUCCUUUGUAACUAUGAUCUGACUGACAUGCCUGCUGGUACGAAGACAUUUAUGCGCCAAAGGAUUACUUUGGCACCUGCUACUGCAACUAAUAUACCAGGAAAAGAAAGACAUGAAAGCUCUGUGACAAAAAAUGAUGUCAAAGCACCUACAGUCCAGAAUUUUAAUAAUUCUUCUCUGAUUAGCGGAACGUUAUAUACUACCAGGUAUCCUGAGCAGAAUAUGAAAGAUAUAGAAAGUGAAACUGCUGGAUGUGUUGGGGACUUAGCGAAUGGUCCCAGUGGUUUGAACAUUAAUGAAUAUAUACAAACUGACGAAGACAACAGCUCAUUAAAUGAUAGCAAUGUAAAUUUAAACAAACUUGUAAAUAGCACAUCAAGGGUCAAUGAGAGUAGUAUGGGUGCUGGUGUUCUGCGCUAUGCUCUUCAUCUCCGUUUUUUAUGUUCCCCGAAGAAAUGUUCAAAGUCUGUCCGAAGGUGCAAAUCUGAUCCUCUGUCUGCACCAGCAGGAAACAUGAACAUUGAAGGGGAGAGACGCUUCUACUUGUAUAGUGAUAUGAGGGUGGUUUUCCCACAGCGCCAUUCAGAUGCUGAUGAGGGUCAGUUACAUGUGGAGUAUGAUUUUCCAUCAAAUCCAAAGUACUUUGACAUCAGCAGCUAAAUGCCCCUUUAGGUUCUCUUUCCCAAAAUUGCCAGUUAACAUUUUUUGUACAUAUCUGUAAAUGCAGUUUCUUUCAUUUAUCCUUUAAUGAGGGCAAUAUGCCCAUUGAUUUGUACAUAAUUUUUAAAAAAUGAUUCAAUAAUUAGAUGAUUUCAUUUGUAUCAUCAUGUUCAUUUUUCCUACUCUUUUUACUCUUGUCAAUAGAUCAAAGCCAAAAAAAUUAUUACAAUAUCACAAGAACAUACUUUCUUGUGAUAAUGGGAGAAACAGAAUCAUGAUCUCACAAUUAUUAACAAAGAAGCACCAUGGCACUAUGGUUCCUACUAGCAGCAAGACAUCUGUUUCGGACAAGUGUAUGGCUGUAAGCUGAUUCUUAACAUUUGACAACAACCUUGGCUACCAUUCAUUAGUUUACAGGAACGGCUGUUUGAAACGAAAACGACCUAUUUUUUUGGUGCAUAUGGGAAAGGUACAAUGGGAAAUGGUGAUUCCAAUCUUGCAUCUCAAUCUUGUCCAGAAAGGUAACAGUCGCUUGGCCACAAUUGCACCGUUCGAAACGACUUUCAACUAAAAGGAGUUCAAAAAUCUUAGAGGAUAGACGUUUCAAAUUAACGAGUCUGGUGAGAUUUUUCUCCUUAGCAAAUUUAUUAGGAUGGAUCAUGGAUGUUUCAAACCUCUAGAUAUUAGUGAGUCUGGUGAGAUUUUCCCCUUAGCUUGUCCCACAGAUGGCUGCAGGUUCCUUCAUGACCACAUGUAUAGAGUUAAAAAGUCUCCUUGACAAAUUUAUUAGGAUGGAUCAUGGAUGUUUCAAACUUCCAGAUAUUAGCGAGUCUAGUGAGAUUUUUCCCCUUAGCUUGUCCCACAGAUAGCUGCAGGUUUCUCCAUGACCACAUGUAUGGAGUUAAAAAGCCAACUUUUUCUCCAUUCAAGCUAUAGUCAAAAUAAUUCUCAUCAAUUAAAAAAUGAUACCCCGUCCAUACACACACGACAUUUAAUUUCCAUGUACAUUUUGGACAGUUUCGAGCAAAGCACAAGUCUGCCAUGCGAGAGAUGGCAACUCUUUUCCAGGCUCCAAUCCUGAAAUUAAAAAAAAAAACCUUUAGUUUAGCUGACAUUCCAAAAAUCUGAAUCAAAUUUAACGUAUAAGCAAUUAAGCUUGGAGCCAUGAAGUAAAGAACUGAAGUUUACUAUAGCAACAGAUGGAGUUUGUCAGAACCGAUGUGCCCCUUACCUAUGAGAAAAUUAAGGAACUACAAUCCACCAUAUCCAUCUAUCAGUAGGGAAUGUCCCUUUCUAACUAAACAUUACAUUCACUCCACACGGGGGUCCUGGAAAUUUCAGUUUUGUAGCCAAAAAUAAACUCGGAUUACGAGAUUGUAUGCUGGAAUCUAUUUAUCUCCUGCAAUCCAAACGAGUGAAGCCGUGAAGGGUUCCCCCUUUGUGUCUGUUUAUGGAUGAACAGAAAUAUUAAGGAUAGCUGCUUGAGAUUGUCCUAUAUCUGUCAACGUUCAGGGUCAUGUGGGUAGGUCCAUAUUCAUGAUAAACCUAAUUUACAUGUAACUU